AUGGACAUGAGCAAAUGGAAUUCUCACAUCCCCAAGCUACCUGGAGGUGAAAGCAUGCAUGAGUCUAGAAGUGAUACAGAUCGAAGCUCCAAAUCUCUAUCCACUUUACGCUUUUCACGCGGCAAGCCUGUACAACUCUCACUUGGAGAAGCAUGUCAAGUGAAAGGCCUAUACAUGUCCCACUAUGGCGCCGUCUAUUUUGCUCGUGUGGACCUUCCACUGAUCGCACCAUGUCUCGAGAUUCUUACCAUUGAGUCGUUGAAGGAGAUGGUCAAUAAUAUAGCGAUCCUACCCAGCAAAUUCUACCAGCUCAAGUACUUGGAUAUUUGUGUUCCUGGACAGUACUUUGUUCCAGACUAUGAUUAUUUUUCUCUGGCUUCUUUUCUUGAUGCUUCUCCUUCCUUGGAGACUUUCAUCUUGGAUUUUAAUUUACGUAGGGUAUUCGAGGAUCCUGAGUCAGUUCUUGGGGAACUCUCGCAAUCACAUAUGCGCCAGACGGCAGAGCGCCACUACGGCAACCUCAAGAGGGUGAAGAUCGCCCGUUUCCACCCCACGAAAAGCCUGGUUGAACUAACAUGUCAUAUUCUUGAGAGUACGGCAUCGCGUCAAUGCCUUACAUUGGACACGAAAUGCUGUUGUUCUGGGGUUUCUCACAGCAAAUCUGGCAAAUGCUUCAUCUUCGCUGUCAGAGCACACAUCGAGGGAAAUUUUCCCUCUACGACUAGGCUAGACUUUCCGAAGCCUUGUAUUUUAGAUGUCAAGUUAUCAUUGCCAUCCAAUGUUUAA